UCUUCAUUACCCAUACCUUUAUUAUGCCUACCAUUUUGUUCUAUACACUCAGAUCCUAACUUCACUUCUCGAAUUCGCUACGAAAUUCACAGCUACAUCGCUUCCAACCUCUCCAUAGACAUGGCUACACUUGCCGAUUCUUUUCUCGCCGACCUCGAUGAACUCUCUGAUAACGAAGCUGAAAUUCCCGAGGAUAAUGACGCUGAUGCUGCAGAUAUGGAAGAAGAUAUUGAUGGAGACUUGGCUGAUCUAGAAAACCUCAACUAUGAUGACUUGGACAGUGUUUCCAAGCUGCAGAAAACCCAGAGAUACGUUGAUAUUAUGCAGAAAGUGGAAGAAGCCCUUAAAAGGAGUUCAGAUGCAUCCAAUCAGGGGGUAGAUUUAGAAGAUGAUCCUGAAUACCAAUUGAUUGUGGAAUGCAAUGCACUGUCAGUUGACAUUGAGAAUGAAAUUGUUAUUAUUCACAAUUUUAUUCGUGACAAGUAUCGCUUGAAAUUUCCAGAGCUUGAGUCACUGGUGCAUCACCCAAUUGAUUAUGCACGUGUUGUUAAAAAGAUAGGAAAUGAAGUGGAUCUGACUCUUGUUGAUCUAGAAGGGCUUUUACCCUCAGCCAUUAUCAUGGUUGUCUCAGUUACAGCGUCAACUACGACUGGCAAACCACUUCCCGAAGAAGUCCUUAGUAAGACAAUUGAGGCUUGUGAUCGAGCUCUUGCUCUUGAUUCAGCGAAGAAGAAAGUUCUUGAUUUUGUUGAGAGUAGAAUGGGGUACAUUGCACCUAAUCUUUCUUCCAUAGUUGGGAGUGCUGUUGCAGCUAAACUCAUGGGGACGGCUGGUGGUUUAACAUCUCUUGCAAAGAUGCCUGCUUGUAAUGUUCAGCUUCUUGGUGCCAAGAAAAAGAAUCUUGCUGGCUUCUCCACCGCAACAUCUCAAUUUCGUGUAGGUUACCUAGAGCAAACGGAAAUAUUUCAGACCACUCCUCCUGCUUUAAGGAUGCGGGCAUGCCGACUCCUGGCUGCAAAGUCUACACUUGCAGCACGGGUAGAUUCAAUUCGUGGGGAUCCAUCUGGGAGAACUGGGAGGUCUUUCAAGGAUGAGAUCCACAAAAAAAUUGAAAAGUGGCAAGAGCCCCCUCCUGCCAAGCAACCCAAACCCCUUCCAGUUCCUGAUUCAGAGCCUAAAAAGAAGAGAGGUGGUCGGCGUCUUAGGAAGAUGAAGGAAAGGUAUGCAGUAACAGACAUGAGGAAGUUAGCCAACAGGAUGCAAUUUGGAAUCCCUGAAGAGAGUUCUUUAGGUGAUGGUCUGGGUGAGGGUUAUGGAAUGCUUGGUCAGGCUGGCAGUGGCAAGCUUCGUGUGUCUAUGGGUCAAAGUAAACUUGCUGCAAAAGUUGCUAAGAAAUUCAAGGAAAAGAGCUAUGGCAGCAGUGGUGCUACAUCUGGUUUAACCUCAAGUCUUGCAUUUACUCCUGUGCAGGGGAUUGAGCUGUCAAAUCCACAGGCCCAUGCACAUCAACUUGGUACUGGAACUCAAAGUACCUAUUUCUCUGAAACAGGAACAUUUUCGAAGAUCAGGAGGACUUGAAACCAUGCAUGAAUACAAGUUCUUGUAGUUUAUAAUAGAUUUUUGAAGCAUAGCCAUAUUAUUCCCUUGUAUAUGACUCUCACAACGAGGUUCCCUUUCGCAAAAAACGAUGAUACAAUCUAACAUUUUCAUGGGUUGGGUUUAGAAUGAAAAAAGAUUAUCAUUGUAGACCAAGCUUCUUUGCAAGGAGCAUGCUGCUUUAACAGCCAAGCCAACCUCCUUGGGUUGGUUGAUGGUUAGCACCAUUGUCUAAUUAUGUCAGCUUGCACCCGUGGUAGGAAUUCAUCAAAUUUUCUACUUAAAAAAAAAAGUCUGCUUGUGCAAA